AUGUGUGAUGCAUCUGACUAUGCAGUAGGAGCAGUGCUUGGCCAAAAGAUAGACAAGAAACUCAAUGUCAUCUACUAUGCAAGCAAGACUAUGGAUGAUGCUCAAUGCAAGUAUGCAACCACAGAGAAGGAGCUCCUUGCCAUCGUCUUUGCCUUUGAGAAAUUUCGAAGCUAUAUAGUUGGGUCCAAGGUGAUUGUGCACACUGACCAUGCUGCCCUUAGGCACAUCUUUGCUAAGAAAGAUACAAAGCCAAGACUUCUCAGAUGGAUCCUUUUGCUUCAAGAGUUUGACAUAGAAGUUGUGGACAAAAAGGGAGUGGAGAAUGGAGUUGCUGAUCAUCUCUCUAGGAUGCGAGUUGAAGACAUAGUCCCCAUCAAUGAUUCUAUGCCUGAAGAACAGCUUAUGGCAAUCAUGAUCUUGAAAGAGAGUUUUGAUGAGAAAGUCAGGCUGGAAGAAGUUAAGGCUCUGCGUGAUGAGAAUUUGCCAUGGUAUGCUGAUAUAGUGAACUUCAUGGUGUCUGGAGAAGUCCCUAGUAGUUUUGAUGCUUACAAGAGGAAGAAAUUCUUCAAGGAUGCUAGGCACUACUAUUGGGAUGAGCCUUACUUGUACAAGAGAGGACCAGAUAGCAUUUACAGGAGAUGCAUAGCUGAAGAAGAUGUACAAGGAGUUCUUGAGCAAUGCCAUGGGUCUGCUUAUGGAGGUCACUUUGCUACAUUCAAAACCGCAACUAAGGUUUUGCAAUCUGGUUUAUGGUGGCCUACUUGUUCAAGGAUGCAGCAAGUUACAUUGCCAAGUGUGAUCCAUGCCAAAGGAAAGGAGGAAUCACCAAGAGGGAUGAAAUGCCACUAA